UUCUGUCGUUCACAUGUCAGAUUCGGAGUCGUGAGGUGUUAACUACUCAGGGCAUGAUAUAACAUACUGAGUGUAUGUUAAACGUGUAGUGCUUAUAAGUGAUAUUUAAAGUAUUGGAAAUCUUACUGUUUAAAUUAAAACAUUAUGAAGUUUAACAAAGAAUAGUUGUUCUGCGAAAUUAAUUGUUCUUCUUUAAAAUGAUGACUGCAACAAGUGUUAUGAACAAUGCUUCCUGCUACAUGUCAACUGGACCAAUGACUAAUUUCAAAAAUACAGGAUCAAUGUUUUCUACUCCUUCACCCGUGGCUCCAAACGGUCAUUUCCAGUUUGAACCACCGGACACUAAAGAAGUGAUUGAGGAAUUGUGUCCAGUGUGCGGAGACAAAGUUUCUGGCUAUCAUUACGGGCUGUUGACCUGUGAGUCAUGCAAAGGAUUUUUUAAGAGGACUGUUCAGAACAAAAAAGUGUACACGUGCAUCGCCGACAGAAAUUGUCAUAUUGACAAAACACAGCGGAAGCGUUGUCCGUAUUGUCGUUUCCAAAAGUGCCUGGAUGUCGGUAUGAAACUAGAAGCUGUUAGACCUGACAGAAUGAGAGGAGGCCGAAACAAAUUUGGACCAAUGUAUAAACGGGAGAGGGCACGUAAGUUGCAGCUGUUACGACAAAAGCAGAUGAUUCAGUUUCAGUGCUUACCGUCUCAAUGUGAAAUGGUGCCUUCCAGUUCCUUUGUUUCUCCUUCUUUGUCAGCUACAGUUACAACCCCUUACAUGUAUUCCCCAGAAUCAGCUCAGGUGAAGCAAGAACUAAUUCAGAUUCCACAGCUAAGCUCGUCUACAAGCUCCGCCGACUCAUCUUCUCUUUCAGUUUUAUCAACCACUACCCAAUCCCACAUAUCUCUACCCACACAGCUGGCCAACAAUUACCAACACUCUUCUGUUUCUUAUCUAACAGACAUUAGCAAAACAACAUGGAUGACUGCUCACAAUCCACCCAAUUCAGCUCCAAGUCCCAUAACUCAUCACUCUGCAUAUUUACCCAAACCAUAUUACUGUGACCCUGGUCCUUCCUCAGCUGGACCAGUUCCCUUAUUAACAGGGGGAAACAAAAUCCCAGAACUAAUAUGUGAGUUCCAGAUGUCAUUACCUGAUGACAAAGACUGGCAAAGCCAUCUCUUCGGUCUCCUUCAGAAUCAGACGUAUAACCAGUGCGAAGUUGAUCUCUUUGAGCUUAUGUGCAAAAUGAUAGAUCAAUUUCUCUUUGCUCAAGUGGACUGGGCUAGAAACACCAUCUUCUUCAGAGACCUGAAAGUAGAUGAUCAAAUGAAACUUCUACAAAACUCUUGGAGUGAGCUUCUUCUGUUGGACCACCUUUACCACCACAUCCAUAACUGUAUUCAAGAAGAGACAAUAUUACCAAAUGGGCAAAAAUUCGAUCUUCUUGAAAUGGCUUUGUUAGGCCUACGAUCUUUGGAUGAUCAAUUUUAUUGUUUAAGUGCUAAAUUCCAAGAUCUAAAAUUUGAUCGCGCGGAUUAUAUCUGUCUCAAAGUUUUGAUUCUACUUAAUCCAGAAAUACCAAACAUAACAAACCUGAAGCUGACACAAGAAGCUCACAGGCAAACUCAACAGGCCUUACUGGAGUAUUGUUCUUCUUUCUACCCAGAAUAUCCGGACAAGUACGUUCAGCUUCUUCAAAACCUGUCUGAGGUACGCCAUCUCAGCUCACAGGCUGAAGACUUUCUUUACUACAAGUUGAUUGGUGGCAGUGCAAUAGCACAGACUCUUCUCACAGAGAUGUUGCACACAAAGAAGAAAUUAUAUUAGCUCAAAAUUUAAGUUUCAUAAUGAGAACUUACGCUGUAAAAUUAUUGGACUCUGAAAUACCUUUCUGCUUUUAUAUUAAAAUAACAAAUGACAUUUGAUCAAACCAGUAAAUUAAUAGGAUACGAAACUCAAACGUCCUGAAUUAUACGCAUUUUCAUCGAAAAUUUUCCAAAUGUUGCAUAAAUCAAGUGCGACGAUUCAUUUGUGUUAAUGUGUGUGGUGGAAGAAGGUGUGUGUAAACUUUGGUCAAGAUGGAUACCUUCUGAUAAUCUCAUACAUGGUAUGCGUUAACCAUUGUCUUGUUUUUAGGUAGUGGCAUGUCAGCGCCUUUGUAUUUUGAGACAAUUUUUAUUGUUAUCAUCGUAAAAACAGUUUUAGUGACUUAUUUUUACAUAGAAUUUGUGAAAGCAAGGAAAAAUAUAGUUAAAAUUACUUUUUUAAAUUGCUCUGCAAUCUUAUGAUUUUUAGAUAAAACAUGCCUCACUAUGAAACAAAUGUAAAAGUAUGACUUCAUCUGUUCUUCAUCGUUUAUCAAAAUGAAAGUUAAACCUUCGUUUCUAUGUACCUCAGGGAAAAGCAUCAAAAAGCCAGAAUCAACUGCUAAUCAUAUUUCCACUAAAGCUUAGACUGAUUAGCUUUUUUGUACAGAAGUUCUAGCAAAGCAAAACAAGGCCUACUCAUCAUUAAGAAUUAACAGUGAGAGUACUGGAAGCACAUUAUGUUAAUAUAAUAAUAGUUAGACAAACAACGAUUUAUAAGUCUUAUGAAGACGUUUAUUUUGGACAGAAAAAACUACUUACCUUAUGUUUAUUAGUCGUUGUUUGCCAAAAAUCUCGAACUGAACAAAAAAUGUGCACUAUUUUUGACAAGUUACUUUUAUUGUUGAAUUAA